GCCGGUCGCCGGGCUCAUCGGCACCACGACCUCAGUGGUGUCGGUGCCUCUCGCGAUCCUCUCCGCCGGCCAGAAGGUACCGCAGGUAUCCUUCGGUGCGACGACUCCGUCGUUGUCCAACAAGGAGAGCUAUCCUUACUUCCUCCGCACGAUUCCGCCGGACAGCAUCCAGUCGAUUGCUUUGCUGACAUGGCUGGAUGCCUUCCAGGUCCACUUCGCCUUGUGCAUCUAUUCUGACGAGGCAUACGGCCGGGGCAUCUACCUGGCAAUGCAGGAGCAGGCCAGCGCCGCCGGGGAACCGGAUCGUCUGUCAGGCCACCGACUGCGGUACAUGGCUCAAUCCUUCGAUGCUGACGAGGCACGUGGCGUGGUGCGACUUGCCAAAGCUCAAGGCUCUCGUUUCGUAUUGGUCGCGAUGGUGAAGCAUCUCGGCGGAUUGCUUCUCGUUUUGGAGGAGGAAGGCAUGCUGGGCCCCGACUGGCAGAUCUUGGGUUCGGAGUACGUCGGGGAUCUGAUGCCGGAGGACUUCCCGGUGGGCUACAUGCGCAUGAACCCGGCCGACAACGGUCCGAAACUGGACGACUUCACAGGCGCGCUGCGGUGGUGGGGUCGGACGUGA